AUGUUGUCGCGUGCCACUGCCAGCGAUAACGAGCCCACGCCCGGGUAUCUGUACGGAGAAAUCAGCAGAAUGACCUUGAUCUCGUACGAAGCCUGCAAGGAAGUGGAGGAUUUCCUGUUGGGACGGUUGAAGCGGAACCAGCACAACGUCAAACUAAAAGUCCUUCGCACCAUCAAGCACGUCUGCCGACAAGGCCGGACGGAUUUCCGCCGCGACAUGCAGCGUCAAGCAGAGGCCAUUCGUGCCUGCCUCCAGUACCGGGGCCCUCCCGAUCCGUACCGUGGGGAAGAAAUUUACCGUCUAGUCCACGCGGCGGCCAAGGAGGCGUUGGAAGCC